AUGAUGAAAGAUUAUCUCACACAGCUCUACGCAAUCGGUCUCUUCACUUUCAGCAAAAAGAAAGUAAGGUACCAGAGAUCCUCACCUCAAUCACGCACCCUCUCCAUCAUGGGUGCCACAUGUGGAGCUGACAGCAAAGGCACUAUCAUCAAAGUCGCUGUGAUCGCAGCCACACUUGCCAUCGUCGUCAUUGGCCUCGCAAUCGUCCUUUGGCGUUGGCGAGAGGCCGUCGAGAAGCGUCAGAUCAAGGCCGCCGAAGAGAGUGGCACACCCAUAUUCGAGCAAAAUGGCUUCGUCUUCGCGAAAAAGCUCAAGAAUCCGUCUGAGUUCGAUCUUGAGUCUCAGGACCUCCAGUCUAACAGCACGGACUCGCCCACCAUCCCGUUGGUCAAUCUCAGGCCACCAAUUCCGGCUCUCAUCAGAACUCCGGCUACAGGGUCCAUGUAG